UUGUGGUGCAACUUCAGGCGUUCAACCCUCGCGCUUCACUCUUGUAGAGGUGGAUAAAGUGAAACAUCUAGUAGAGUUUGAGUUACUUCUGUCUGUACCUGACUGUGUGGACGAACAGUUCCAGUAGAACUUGUUGGAGAGCAGCUGGUUGGAGCUGGUUCCUGUCUACUCAUGGCGAAUGAGCGGCUCAGAGCUCUGGAGGAUGUGGAGAAGGAGAUAGCGAUGAUACUGCAGUGUGCUGGUAAUAUAGUUCUGGAACUCUCCAAAGACAAACACAACGCCAGCCUCCUGGACAGACAGCUGGUCCAGUUCCAGAGCUCUGUCAACCGAGUGGAGAGCGAACUGAGCAGCCAGAUCCGCUACCUCACACAGGUAGCUACAGGCCAACCUCACGAAGGCUCCACCUAUUCAGCAAGGAAGGACUGUCAGAUGGCGCUAAACAGAGCAGAGUAUGCAAAGGUCAAACUGGGAGAACUGGGACGGACCUGUGAAGUCAUGCUGGAGCAGCAGCAGCAGCAACAACAGCAGCAGCAGACAUGAGAGCAGAGAGAACCUCACUGUGAUGUGACUUAUCUGCCUCCAGCCUUAACAUCUUUUCAUAGAGCCUUUUUAUGAUCACAAACACUGACGUAUCAAAGAAACUCAAAGAAAAA